AUGUCUGACGGAAACUCUUCCACCCUCGGCUCCUACGUCAACCAAGCCACUGGCAUGGCCCAGCGUGCCUUUGGUGCCGUGACCGGCGACUCCUCGACCCAGACCCAGGGCGAAGCCGCCCAAAAAGAAGCCCAAGACCAGCAUGAAGCCUCCCACACCGUAGGCAAGCUAGGCCCCAUCUCUGCGGACCCCAACACUGGCGCCACCGCAAAGGACAACUCCAACCGCUCCACCGGCUCCUGGGACCAGACCAUGGGUUCAGCCAAGGAAGCUAUUGGCAAUGCCAUCGGCAACGAGAACCUGCGCCGCGCAGGCGUCGAACAGAACGCUGCUGGCAAGGAGCAGGAGGCCAAGGGCCAGCUGAAGGACUGGGGCGAGGGCAUCCAGAACCGCGCGCAGGGCACCAUCGGCGGCGUCGCGGCUGCCAUCAGCGGCGACCGCGAGGAGGAGCGGCGCUUCCAGGAUAUGCAUGACGAGGGCAAGGUGCGCCAGCGUGGUGCAGAGGCUGAUAUGUCCAAGAGACAGGGUCUGUGA